AUGGCGUCUCCUAGCCAAGUGAAUCUUGGCGAUCGCUGGCUGCCUUUCCGCCAGUUGAGUAAUCUUAUCAAGAGUGCCCUCGUGGACGGCUCAGCCACGGCCUGUUCUCAGUUAGAGGAUGCACUGGUCAAGCACAAGGCGGAGUUCAUCUCCUUCAUGAAGAAUCCACUUAAGAAUGACCUCCACCGAGAGGCGGUGAAGAAUGCCUCAAAAGAGGGCAUUAUGAUAAUUGAAAACCAAAAUCGCUUCAAAACGGUCAUCCCGCAGGACUUGGUGGCAGAAGCCCUGUUGCUUUCAGAUAUGUUCAAUCUGAAUGAGUGGUCAGCGCUUGAGCUGCUAAUUAUCGGCGAGAAUCAACUGACCCGAUAUCCCGACAUGACUCGAGGCACCAUUGCCGUCCUGUACUACUACGACGGCAGAAGAAGCAUUGCCAACACCUUGCAAACGCUGAUUCAAGCGAAAAACGGCCGGAGCUGGACUUCAAAGAUGUCUCGUGACAUGUCGCGCUUUAUCAACAAAUACACCGACGAGCUAAAGGACGAGGGCAUCAUUUCCAAGUGCAUCGACUUCUUGCAGGACUUUGACAUUGUCAAGGAGUUUGAAAUGCUCGAGCGGAAUCGUGCUCUAGGUCCCUUUGUCUACCGAAAGCGUGUUCUCGACAUAAUGAAGGAGACGCGGAAAAUGGCGGCAAACAUCAUCUUCAACUACGCAGCUCAAACGAGCCUGACAAAGAAUGAAAUGCUCAAACUGCUCGAUCUGAUUUCCAAAUCAUGCACUUUCGAAAACGACCACCUAGACUUUGUCUCCACCUCCUUUUUAAUUUCUCUCCUCUACACACUGGACGUCAGUUUCAUUCAGGACCUGGACGACAAUGACCGCCAGUUGGUGAAUAUUCCCUGGGUCACUGAUUCCAGCAUCAUUGUCGACUUUAUCGCCAAGCUUGACCGUACCGAGUUUACGGUAAAAUCGGUGAAAAACAUCGUAAAAUUCGCAGCAGCUAUCAGUCUAAAGACGCUCUCUCAGUACCCCAUUUCUGGGUUUGACGUUGAGAUUGACGAGGAGAAGCUGGUGGACGCCGCCAUCGAGGAGAACGUCUUUGAGAGCCUGAACAUGCUGCUCUCAAAGAGCAACAACAACCUCUUCAAGGAGGACUUUUUCGCCCGACGACUGCACGCCCUGAACUGUGACUUCAUCGUGAACAUGCCGGCGAAGAUCAAGGAGCUGCGCGACAAGGCGGACGAGUCGGGCCGCAUACUGAACGCCUUCAGCGCCGAGUCGAUCAAGCCCUUCAGCAGUCUGUCGCUGCAGUUUGAGAAGUUUCUCGCCUACCUCGCCAACUUCUACCUCGCCGACGGCAACGGCCUGUCGCGUGAGUUCUGGAUCACCAUGGAGCACGGCAAGCUGGUCUCCCACCGGCAACAGGUGCUGAACAAGUUUAUCCGCUCGCUGCACGAGUCCUUCUUCCCGCAGAUUCUCCACGCCGCCGUCAUCAACUUCUUUCGCGCGCUCGCCCGCUCCUCCGCCUUUAACGUCUUCAAUCUGAUCAAGAACACCAGCUUCCACACGAGCAUGCAGUUCUCCAUUGGCUCCUUCAGUGAGACGCUGAACGCCUACCUCAGCGCAGUGCGCGGCGCCGACAACAAGGAACGCAUCAGCGCCAGCACCUUUGGCGGCUUUGGCAACUCCUUUGCCGUCACUACCACUGGCGGCUCCAGUGGCAACGCUCUGAACGCGCACAAGAUGAUCGCCGAGGCGGACACCAUCUCCGCCAUUGUCGGGCUGAUUGAGGAGAUUGUCAAGAAUGACCGCACCUGUGCAGUGGCCAUUGCGGAGAGUCAGCAGUACCUCUUCAUCUCCAAUCUGGUGGGCAUCCUCCGGUGCGCCGUGCCACGGGAGCUGAAGGCGCAAAUUCUCACCUGCUUUGCGGCCUUUGCCAAGUCCGCCUCGGUGGCCCCGCUCAUCUGGAAGGAGAUUGACAGCAUUCUGCCGCGCUACAACGCCAACAUUCUCGGUCACCAGAAGCUCUGGCAGAACGGCAUCGCCAUUGAGAUUGAGGAGAUUGAGGUGAAGAACGAGGAGUACCCCAUCACCAUCGGUUUUCUCGAGCUGAUGAACGUCCUCUUCAGCCACAACGAGGCCGGCCUCAGCCUGCACCAGCAGGCGCUCUCUGAGAGCUGCUUCAGAUUUACGCUGAACUCCAUCCUCCUCAAGUCCAUCUACCGGGUGUUCAAGAACGACCAGGAGCGGUGGACGAUAAUGAAGCUGUGCUACANUGGCUUUCUCGAGCUGAUGAACGUCCUCUUCAGCCACAACGAGGCCGGCCUCAGCCUGCACCAGCAGGCGCUCUCUGAAAGCUGCUUCAGAUUUACGCUGAACUCCAUCCUCCUCAAGUCCAUCUACCGGGUGUUCAAGAACGACCAGGAGCGGUGGACGAUAAUGAAGCUGUGCUACAGCAUGCUGCUGGGCAUUGUGCAGAAGUACGACAGCACCAAUCAGGAGGCGAGCUUCAACAGCCGCGUCUUUCAGGUCUUCUCGGAGAUGCUGCAGGAGAACCUGCUCUUCCGACACAUCAUCGCCACGCUGGAGGACACUGCCGCCUACUUUGAGGCGUACGUCGCCUCGCCCACGCUCAAGGACCACGACCGCCUCUUUGACGAGGUGGAGGAGUGCGCCCGGGUCAUCCUCCACCUGCUGACCGCCGUCUGCGAGAAGCAGUCGGUCUUCUUUGAGGCCAUUCGCAAGGUGCAGGGCCUCUCCAUCUCCACCUUCAUCAAGAUGGACGUCCUCUUCAACAACAUCAACGUGAAGAGCAACCGCCAGGACCGUCUGGCCAUUCUCUUCCGCCUCAUUCCCUUCUCCACGGGCGUCUCCAUUGCGACGCUCAAGUUUCUCAACACCCUCUGCGAGAGCCACUACGAGGUGACCUACCUCUGUCUAAUGCAGCUGCACAACUCGCCGGCGCUGGUCCUCAAGGCUGACCUGCUGAUCAACACCUUUGUGGAGUGUCUCGAGUCGGACUCGAAGAGGCUGCGGCUGGAGGCGCUGCGCUUCAUCAACACCUACCUGGGCAGUCAGCAGUCCAGCAAUCUGCGCUACAACUUUGCCCACAAGCUGGUGGGCAUCGAGAGUAAGCUCUUCUCGCUGAAGAACAUCAGCCUCUUCGGGCAGAACUACACCUGUCUGCACUCCAUUCUCUCGCUCUUUGACGCGCUGGUGGACGUCGCCGAGGUGAUGGACGAGCGGGCGAUUGGCAUGGCCAUCAUCCACAAACUGUGCAGCGGCGUGCACACCCACGAGCUGGUGCUGCGAGUGCUGCGCUCCAGCUACGACUUCAACAUGCAGUACCUGAAGUUCUGGGCGAAGCUGAUGGCCAGCGACCCGCCGGAGACCGUCCUCGAGGGCCUGCUCAGCGAGAUGGCCCUCUUCAUGCGCAUUCUCGCCAUUGACAUUCGCAUCACCUCGGAGCAGAAGCUCAAGUCGUACUACUCCGCCUACGUGAACUACCUCUUCAAGGAGACCAGCCGGCCGCGCGUCAUUGAGAUGCUCUACGAGUUUGUCUUCACGCACGAGCACCCGCCCAUGGCCAACUUUGACUACUUCGACUCGAAGGAGCUGAUGAAGACGAUCGGCACCUGUCUGAACGCCGACAACUCCAUCGACCUGCAGCUGCUGCACCAGAAGCUGUACGCGGAGAUUCACGCCGUAGGGCAGCAGAUUGGCGUCGCCUCGACCAGCCUCCUGCGCGAGGAGAUCAACGCCAUCACGCGCUACUGCACCACCGUCAACCGGUCGAUUGACCUGCUGGCGGAGAAGGCGCACUUUGUGGAGGCCUGGUGCGAGCUGGUGCAGGUGGUCAUCCUCUGUCGCUGUCUGUCCAGCAUGGAGGAGGACGUCCACUCGCGCUACCUGACCGAAAUCAACCUCGAGCUGAUCAACAAGGUACUGGACCAGAACACCAACUACGCCCUCUUCAACUCCAUCUCCUCCACCAUUCUCAUUGCCUCGCACUCGCUCAAUGAGAUUCGCUCUCAGUCGGUCUCCAACAUCUCCUCCUGCAUUCGCUCCAUACUGCACACGCUGGAGAGCUCCUCCGCCAUCUGGUCACAGCAGAAGCGGGCAAGGGUCAACUUUUACGGCGCCCUCCUCUACCUCUUUCAGCUGCUGCCCGGGACGCUCUUCAAGGAGAUCAAGUUCAGCAGCAACCUGCUGGACCGGCUGACGAAGGACGUCCUCUCCGGUCAUGAGGUCGCCAAGAUGCUCUCCAUCUCCAUACUGAAUCGCAGCGACACCGACAACUGGCUCAAUGAGCUCAUCCUCAACGGCACACUGAAGCAGCUGCUGCAGAGUAUUCUCUCCGAUGACCGGGACAUUCGGGCGAACAAGUACGAGUUCAUCAAGACCUUCUACGUCUUUGAGUCAAAGAUGAUGCUUCUUCUGAAGAUGUUCUCUUCGCACAACGCUGGUGGCUUGCUGCUCAACAACCUUGACAUUGUGAACACCCUCGAGUCGCUGCAGAGCUUUGAUAUGUACCCCUACUUGAUCUGCGAAAAUGCCGUCUGCUUUAAAAUGUUUGUCGACAUUCUUCGGCUGAUGAUUACCAUCACCACGAAUACUAAUCACCAAAUCAUCAGUGAGAUUGGCGCUUUUAUCUCAUCACGCUCCAUUCUCUACGACCUCAUUCGCAUUGCACCGACCAUAAAGGAGAGUGAAAACGGCAAGGAGCUGCUGCUGCUGGUGUCCCGUCUCGUUGGACGACUAAUUCUCAACGUGAACAGCAAUCUUCAGAGCAACUUUGUCGGUCUGCUGUCACUGUACACUGACGAACACUCCCUCUCCACUGACAGCGAAGUCGUCUUUACCAUUCUCUACGCCUGUGUUCAGUUGAUUUCAUUUAAUGGUAUGAGCUCAGUUGCAGCAUCAAAUCCAAUUUUUGAGGCAUCUCUGGUGAACACUGAUUCGCGCAUUCACUCGAAGCACUCACUCGGUCUGCUGGUGUCCAUCAUCAACACCUGCACACUUCGCUCGAAUGAUAUUCCCAAGUGCACCUUUAUCAUUGAAAAUGCCUUGUACCUCCUCUGGACGCACUUUAACAUCUUCUUCAGCAUGCUCGACCUUUCGCCUGAGCAGAUUGAAGAGGUGGACACGCUGAAGACGCAAGCAGAGGCCACCUUUAGUGAUGCCUUCUUCUCCAAAAUUCAGGCUGUCACUCAGAAUGGCGUUCCGAAUAAGCACGCCAAUCGCAGUAAUGUGAAGAAGGUGGAGGACAUUGCCAAGAUUUGGAAUGCAUGUAGAAUCGCCAAGAAAAUUCUGAUGACCACCGGACGGCAAGUGAAGCCAGGAAUGACCUGUGAAGAUAUUGAUGAUAUCGUCUACGAGCUUUGCCUGAAGAACAACUGCUACCCAUCGCCGUUGAGGUAUAGCAACUUCCCCAAAUGCGUCACCACUAGUGUCAACAAUGUGGCAGUGCACGGUAUUCCCGAUUCGAGGCCGUUGCUGGAAGGGGACAUCAUCUCCAUCGACGUCAGCGUCUUUGUGGGCACCGACAGCAAUGGCCACCAUGGUGACUGCUGCCAUACAUUUGCCGUCGGCGAGUGCGACCCGGCAGCCAAGCAUCUCAUGUCUGUGGCUGAGCUCUGUCUGUUGGAGGCAAUCAAAGUGUGCAAAGCUGGAGAAAAGAUUUCGCUGAUUGGCAAAACCAUCGAAAGGGUGGCCAAGUCGUACAAGAUGGCUGUCAUCCGGGAGUUUUGCGGUCACGGAGUUGGGGAAGACCUACAUCAGAAUCCGCUGAUUUUACACUACGACCACCCCUCUGAUGAGGUAAUGCUGGAGAACAUGGUCUUCACCAUUGAGCCAAUCAUCACCGAGAGCAGCAACCCUAGCAUCGUUGCCUACGAAGACAACUGGACGAUUUCCACCGAGGACAACGCCAGGACGGCACAGUACGAGCACACCAUUUGGGUGAAAAAAGAGACGGCAGUGGUGCUCACCACUGAAGAGACCGCUGCUACCGACUGA